CCACCCCCUGCCAUACAUACUUCUCCCAUGCUCUUGCAAUCUUUGACAAAAUACAGGAUCCUGAACAACUUCUGCUUCAUUCUUCAUUCUUAAGGGAAUAUCUACAAAAUGCCAUCUGCAAGUCAUGAGACAUCUGAUCAAGACCGAGAAGCGUUUGUUGAGGUUGAUCCGUCAGGACGAUUUGGGCGGUACAGCGACCUAUUGGGCGCUGGUGCGGUAAAAAAGGUCUACAGGGGAUUUGACCAAGAAGAAGGCAGGGAUGUAGCCUGGAACCAAGUCAAACUAAGAAAUUUUAGCGAUGACCCGACCGUGUUAAAAAGACUGUUAUCGGAAAUCGAAUUGUUACAAACUCUAGAGAAUGAAAACAUCAUUGUUCUGUAUAGUUUCUGGAUGGAUGUUGAAAACACUACCUUGAACUUUAUCACGGAGGCGUGUGCUUCGGGUAAUUUGAGGGAUUAUAGGAAGAAACAUAGGCGCGUGUCGCUCAAGGCGAUGAAGAACUGGUCAAGACAGAUUCUUAGAGGGUUGGAGUAUCUUCAUACCCAUGAACCCUGCAUUAUUCAUAGAGAUCUUAAUUGUAGCAACAUCUUCAUCAAUGGAAACAUUGGAAAGGUUAAAAUCGGGGACUUGGGUUUAGCGGCAGUGGUGGGUAAGAACCACGCGGCUCAUACAUUACUAGGGACACCCGAAUACAUGGCUCCCGAGUUGUACGAGGAAGAUUACAACGAGUUAGUGGAUAUUUACUCAUUUGGAAUGUGUUUGGUUGAAAUGGCUACAAUGGAAAUACCCUAUAGCGAGUGCGACAGUAUUGCUAAAAUAUACCGAAAGGUUACAAGCGGUGCCAUGCCUCAAGCGUUUAAUAAAGUCAAUGAUCCUGAAUUAAAAGCGUUUAUUGAACGAUGCAUUGGUCAACCUCGAGCUAGGCCUUCCGCAUCCGAUCUUCUUCAAGACCCGUUUCUAGUCAUCACUAGUAGUGAAGAGAGUGAUGGCAGUACCUAAAGACGUUUUUAUGUGUAUAUGUGUAUAAGUGUCACGCAACAUAUAAAAUUUUUAAAUAGAUAAUCAUGAUAACUAUGUUAGUAUUUGUUCCUAUUGUUAUAAGUGUGUCACAUAUGGUUGUUAUAUGGUUAUCUAUCUCAUUAUGUUCGAAAAUUAUUAUGAACAUGUGUUUAUACGAUUCUCUACUUAAAAUUGAUUCUGUAAUGAAAGAACCCUUUUUGUUAA